AUGAUGCCUUUACACCUUCGACUCGAAGAGCGCUACCAUGCCUUAGACAGAAUUCAUGAAUCCCUUUGGAACUUGCAUGGCGAAGUCCUCACUUAUGAGAGAGCUGAGCAAAUCAGUAUCGACUUGCACCGUUUGGAUAUCAAUACCGGUGCGACAUCCGACUCAGUGACCCCCUACUUUCUCCCACGCACAUCAUUCCCUAGCUGUCGUGGCAUGAGCGGCCUUGAGGACCUAAGACUGGUCCGACUAUUCGGUAGAUAUGGGCAUUGCCGCCUACUUUAUGCGUACUUCGAUGGUAGCAGGCUGAAGGUUCAGUUUACCGAGGUCCUGGAUUUUACAGACCUAGUGGUCGAACCCCCGUCUGGAAUGAUCUAUCCUGAUCUUUUGGAGUCCGGGAUGACCUACAUUGAUCUUAUGAAUCGGCCUAAAUACUAUGAGGGGAUGGAUAAACUAUUCAAAUGGACAUGGCCGGUUUUGCAGGGAGUUACUAGUGAGAAUGGGAUCGAACAUACUACCUAG